AUGAGGGUGCUGCCGACAUGGGCGGCGGCGGCGUGGAACCCGCGGGCAACCACUCCGUCGCAGACGCUGUGGCGAUUCCUGCUCGUCAAGGUGCUCACGCUACUCUCCCACCACUCUCUCCUGCGCGGCGCCAGCAUCCGCGAGAUCACGCUACCCGACGUCUUCUUGUACCACCUGGCGAGCACCUCGGAGGUGAACCCGGAUAGCCAGCCGGUCGUCAUGGUGAUCGCCGCGCGUAACUCGAAGACUUCCAAGGAUGCCCGUCUUCAGCAGAGCUACGCGGCGCGACACCUGGAAGCGAUGGUGUGCGCCGUCGGCGAGACCGGCCUGUGGCUGCACUUCAUCCUCGACCAGAUCGGUCAGUUCUCCGGCACCGACUUCCUUCCGCCGCUUGACACCACAAAACGCGAACGCUGGUACAAGAAGCAUCUCUUCUUCGCCAAAAACGACAAGGAGCAGGAGGAGCUCCCCGCCGCCACCCACCAACGUUGGACUCGGCAGAUGUGGACGACCAACAAGGUGUUCUGCAAAAGGAACGUGCACGCCUCCCGCGCCGGAGGCGCGCAGGAGCUAGCCAUCGGAGGGACUCCGCGCGCGGAGAUCGCCGAGCUAGGACACUGGGCUCUCGACAAGAUGACUCGUGCGUACAUCACGGCCAUUCCCGUUGGGGUGGUGAUGCGGAAGGCCGGCUACUCGGGACUCAAGCAAGACUACUUCUUGGGGCGCAGCAGGGUCGAGCCCUCCGACAAACUCCUGGACCUGCUCGCCGAGCACAUCUUCCCCAGCGUGGAUGCUAUGCUGCGCGAUGAAAUAUCCGUCCGCAUGGACACCCAGUAUCACAACAUGUCCCUCAAGGAGGCGCUAAAGAAGGAGGUCGAGCGCUCGGCGCUCGAGAAGCUAGGCCUUCAGGAGACGAUCGAGAUGCAAAACAACACAAUCGCGUCGCUCACCGCCGAGCUUGCUCGAGUCACCGAGGCACUCCGUGUGUCAGAAGCCCGGAGGAUGCCGGCGGCGCCGCCGUCGGCGACCGAGCAAGCUCCGGGCGAGGGUGGCUCCGCGGAUUCGGCCAACACGGUGACCGGAGCCAAGAGAGAUGAUGGGAAACCCCCGCCACCCCCCAAGACGGCAGAGGAGACCAGUUACGAGCUCAACGUGGUGCAACCUUGGCGGGAUUCAAAGACCGUGCGGGACGCUUGGCGCCUCAAGAACUCCGCCACCGCCAAUGACACCCGUCGUCUUUGCGACAGGGUCGCCGAGCCGGGGUUCAUCGACCGCCACACCCUCCUCAAAGGCGCGACCCAGGGUGCACUCAACAUGACGGUGCGCCGCAUGCUGAAGGCCAUGGAUGCGGUGCGCCAGCUACGCGCGAGCGACGGCGAUGCCGACACCGAAGUCGUGGUCGAUGCACUGAACGCGAUCGCGGCACCGGGCAUUGGGACCUUCUGCGAUGCCCUCACCGUGCUCAACCCGGAGACGACACCGACGAUGUCCAAGGAGCCUGGCAUGGGCGUCAAGGGGCUUGGCCCCAAGGUGGUCUCGAAGCUACGCCUCGCCUGUGCGCUGGUGGCGCUCGAGCUGAAGCCGACGACGUGGGUCGACCGCCUGUUUCCAGACACCUGGGAGGAGCAGAUGCCGAAGACCAUGGCCGACUUGGCCAAGCAGACCGCACCUGCGCAGCGUCCUCCGUCAAAGCGCAAGAAGUCGGCAUGA